AGGAAGGAUAUGAUGGAAAUAUGACCGGCUUCCCACCAGGGGGUUCGAUGUUUUUUAAUCAGGUAAAUGUCUACUGUAGAACUGAUCCAUUUUCUUCCAGGUGUUUCUAUGGGACUGGUAAAUAUAGAAUGCACCAAAAGUAACUGUACUGAAAUGAAAAGAGGAACAAUAUUUACUUGCUGUCAUAUUCAGUUUUAUUUCUCUUGAAAGAUACUAAAAUACACACUAUUAGCGUCUUGAUUUACUACAGUCUCUGUAGCGUAAAUAUUCAUAGUGUUCACCGCCUCGCUAUAGACAGUUCUCAUAUGGCUCACAUAGAUAUCCCAAGAUAUCACUGAACAAUGUUUAUUGCAGACUCCUGAAAGAGGAAACUAUUUUCUUGCAUAACGUAAGCUCAGUUCUUAUUGGAUCUUCACAGUUGAACACACUCUCCAUUAACAUUCCUCACAGUUAGGCAUUAGCUGGUGUACAGUCCUACUAUAUGGUGCAGAAACUUGGAAAACAACAGUGAGCCUUAUGCAGAAAGUGCAGACAUUCAUAAACACAUGCCUUAGAAAGACCCUGAAAAUCAAAUGGCCAAAUACUAUCAACAACAAAGAUCUACUAGAAAGGACACACCAGGUGCCCAGUGAUAAAGAUAUAAAGAAAAGGUUGAGGUGGAUAGAGCAUACACUCCGAAAACCCCAGAUAACACCACCAGACAAUGCCUAACAUGGAACCCACAGGGAAAAAGAAAGAGAGGAAGGCCUAAGAAUACAUGGAGACGCGAGCUAGAGGCAGACACGCAAAAUAUUGGAUACACCUGGAAGCAAUUGGAAAGGAAAGCACAGGACCGGGAUGAGUGGAAAGUUCUUGUUGACGGCUUAUGCCCCAGAUGAGGUAGAAAGGCGUAAGUAAGUAAGAGACGGGUAUGAGUAGUAAUAUGAAAUGAUUUGUCUAGGUAAGUUUUCUGCAGCAUGGCAAUAGAUUCUUGAGCGGUGUGGCUGGUCAUCCUGGCCUGUUGUUACAACUGUCUAUUCAUGUGAAGGUUCCUUGCACAAUACAACUUUCUCAAAUCCGGAAAAAGGGUUCAAUCACCAUGUCCUUUAAACCUUCUUAGGUGAUGUAAGUGCAUUGCCUUCCUCAUCCUCAAUAAGAAAUAGGGGCCAAAACUACCAAGUGCUGAAGCGGCACAAGAUAUCAUCACAUGUGCACUGCGUAGAGGUUCCUGGACAAUAACAUCUGGCUUAUCAAAAUCAAGGAAGCGAGUUGUCUGGCGAUUCAUGUAGACAUUCCAGUGAAUGUAACUUUCAUCCGAGAACCACACAUUCCUAAAAAAAAAAGAGUGAAUCCUUGUGGAAACAAACACACCCCCCCCCCCCCCCUUUCCACAAUGCAUCAUCCUGACUCACAUGUCUGGCUCUGUAUAGCUUUGUCCAAACUGGAAAUAAACGAAACAAUGUAUGGAGAGAAAAAAGUAUGCAAUAAAAUAACGAAUGUGUUGGCUAGAAGCCUUCUUCAGCGAACAAACAAAAGUAAAAACAAAGAAGACGAAAAUUAACGGCAAUGUAGUAUCCGUAAAGACAGCAAGAAGAAUGUGACAGAUCAUAAAUUGGCGAUAGAUUUAAUACAGGCAAAAUGAGACAGAAGAGAGGAAAAGUAAGUCCACUGUGGUUGGCUGUAACAGGAAGGGGCGGAGAAAAGUUUUAAGUGAAUGUGGUCAUGACAUUCAAUGUCAUGUCGUGUCAAGGUUCCAUAAGUCUGAAUCAGUUGUUUUUUUUUCCGGUUUUGGUGUGUUUGUAUAAGACACAAUGGCAGUGAUAGCAAAAUCCCUUGAGCCCUUGUGGUCGCUUCUGUUGUAGCGUUUUGAGAUAAGACACUGCUUAUCUUGCGUAGUAUUAUGGAGAUGUUCAGUACUUCUGUCAGAGAGGUGGCAUCCAGUCUCGCAUAGAUACGCCAUCUGGCAGUGGGUGCAAAAAAUUUUGUAGGCAACAUUGGGGCUAGUAUAAAGGAAAGCGACCCUUAUCUGAAAACAGCCCUUAGGCAACGGAGUAUGUUGAAUCUGGAUGACAAAAAGGGGCAAGUGUUGCAACAGCUGCAUCCACAUGGCUUGGUCCCAAAAUGGUAACGGGCAGUGCGGAUGUGACUGCACACAAGGAGGUCUCACAGAUUAUUAUCUCUUGUCGAAACUGUUUCCGUUACAAAAAAUGCACAAUGCACCUAUGUCCUUGGACAAAUGGAGAACGGACAUAUCGAUCGCAGAUGUUCAGUUUCAAAGAUUUUCAUUGUAGGGGCCAAUGUAGAAUCUGUUGCAGAACGUGUGCGUUAUUAUCAUCUGUCGAAACAGUUACUGUUUUUUUAGUCUUAUUCUUCCGUUGAGACAUUACACAUCCAGAAAUUUCUAAAUCACAUAAUUGUGUCUCUCAGAAUUGUUAUGCUACCUUAUUCAAACUCAGACCCUCUUCAUGGCCAGUUCCGUAAGAGUGAAAAUAGUGCUCAGUUCACAUAUACAAACAAGAUGCAGCAGUUUCAGCACUGUUACUUUUGGCGCAUACUGUAUAUAUAUGCAUAUAUUAUUUGUAUUCUAGGACAAAGAUGGCAGCUUUUUCUUAUAGAGACUUUAGAAUCACCCUUGAGACUCAUAUUUUAAAUUCUAUUUGAAAUAAAUGAGCAUUAUUCUAUACUUAAAAGUUCUUCGAAUUUUCUACAAGAUUUUUAGCUAAUGUUGGCUGUCCAUCAUAAUUUAUAUUUUUCUACACUUAUCUAUCAAAUGUCUUAUUUAUAAGGAUGUUGUGAAUAAAGAUGCAAGUUUCCUUCCUUAUUGGGAUGAACAAACAACGGGAGACAGUGACUCCUCACAACCAGCCCUUCUUCCAGAUCCUCCAAUCAGGCCCCCACACCAGCGGCAUCACCCUCAUCAUCACCAUCAUCAACAACAUGCUAAUCAUAGACCAGGGCGACAUGGUCACUUGCAGACAGAUCCAGUCUCUGAGGAAGAAGAUGGCAGUAUUGGUAAUUUUAAAUUAUUACUUUACAAAGUUAGACAUAAGAAUGUCUGGUGACAAAACUGUUGUGUGUGCAUCCAGUAAUACAUUUUUGGAAUAUAUUCUUUUCAAUCACAGCACAUGUGAACUCCUUUACUGAGAUCCACUGAAUCUGAUUAGCAUACUGUCUCAAUGUUUGAACCUCAACACUAUGUGUCCUAGUUUCACUUUGUUCUUUCUGUUUUUCUACAAUCCCUAAAUUUACUGUAAAUGUAACAUGUAAAGGGCUCACCAAGAUCAAAACGCAAACAAAUUUCAUCAACAACAAAUUAGGUCACCUCUUAAAUAUGGAAUUGCUGAAGCCAUUUACUGUAAAACCUUUCUGGUCUUCGCAGACCAUUUUUGAAAAUACCGGUAGCUUUUAUAUUUUCAUGUUUCUUGUUAUCAGUUUUCAUUGAAUUAUAGCAUUAAAAAUGAAGGCUGCGACUAUUCGCACCUGUGUGCCAGAAGUGAGAGGUUGGGAUUCAAAAACUAUUUAAAAUAUUAUUGUUGGGUUUGUAAGACAAAAUGAGGAAUCAACUGAAAGAUAAUUGAAUGGACUAUAUGUUUGUAAACCUACUUUUUCAGUUUAAUUAAAUAAACUACACAAAUUACAUCCGAAUAGCAAUGUGUUUAAUGGUACCAGGGUGCGAAUGGCGGCACUGCGUGUCUGGGUCCAUUUUGACUCAAUGCUAUUCAGAUGUCAUUUGUGGUAGUUUAUUUUAGUUAAACUGAAGAACUAAGAGUACAAACAUAUAGUCCAUUCAAUUAUCUUUAUUUAUUUACUUAGGCAUUUUUAUAUAGCGCUUACCUUAAAGCUCUAAGCGCUUUACAAUUAUUAAAAACAUGUAAACUAACUAAAAUAAAAAUGAGACAUUAGGAUAGUAACUACUAUACUAUAGAAACAAUUAAAAUGGCUAUAAAACGAGGACACUUUCAUUUGAGUCCUUAUUUUGUCUUACAAACCCAACAAUGAUAUUUUAAAUAGAUUUUUUAAUCCCAACAUCUCACUUCUGGUACCCGGGUAUAAAUAGCCGCUUCAAAAACUGAAAGUUAAUCUAUUUUUAGAAUUUAAAAAAGCAACUAUUAACAUUUGGUCUCACCUCCUGUAGUGUGCAUAGUCAAGUAAAAUCAUUGAUAAUCAGUUUGAAAUCUGAUUUCUAAAACUAAUAAUCCCUUUGUCAAAAUGCACAAAAAAUUAACUUCCCCUAUUCUAAAAAGAUUAGCUCAUUCAAUUUUGAGAGCUCAGAAAUUUUAUCAUUCAUAACUUAUAAACCAAGCAAUAGUUCAACAACUCCACCGUUACUGUAGAUAGCUUUUAAACAAAAAUAUGUAAAAAUCUAUUUUGCACUAUAUUUCUAUGAAAUAAAUUGAUUUGCAUUCAUAAUUGGUUGCUUAUAAUAAGCAUAACAUUAUUUCCCAAUGCUUGUGUUGUGUAACUUCUUUAACACUCCUUGACGCCACAUUAUCAUAUCAAAAUAAAAAAAAUCUGCUAUUAGAAUAUUGAAAACUCCUCGCCUGAUUGCUGAAUAUAACAAUUUUCAUUUAAAUAGCAAGAUUUAUGCUUUCAGUCCCCAGCUGGAUUUGGGGGUUACGGGGUUGAAUGGGUUAAUAGUUAGAGUUGCAGGAACAAGAAAGGUAAAAUGCUGAAAAUAGCUUUCAAAUCAUUUACUUAAAUCGUAAAUGGUACUAGAGCCCUAUUUUAUUUUAAUAUUUCUGCUGUGCUGUAUCAAUUAAAAAAUUGCUCAGAUAGCUCAAUUUUUUUACAUGAAAAUAUAAAAAAAAUGGUGCUAUUAUAUUUGACAGAUGCAGCUAAACGAAGAGCUUUACCUGCAUGGAUCAGGGAGGGUCUUGAAAAGAUGGAGAGAGAGAAGCAAAAACUUUUGGAAAAAGAAAUGUCAAAACAGCAAAGAGAUGCCAUGCUGAAGGAACAAGAAGGAAAUAUGGAAAGGAAAGGAUCUGCGGAUGAGUCAAAUCCAAUGAAAAGCAAAUUUGUAAGUUUCAAAAGAUUAGGGACAAAAUUAACAACCUUUUGUAUAAAUCCUUUAUAUGCAUUUUGUUGCAUUUAUAUAUAAUUGUACAUGGUUUAUCAUUUAUUAAGAAGCAGUUAUGUAAAUAGGUAAACUUCUGUCAAAAACGAGUUUCAUAUUUCCCUAAUUUUACCCUUCAAAAAUACAUUUUAUCUUUACGGCAUACCCAAUUGCAUUAAAAAUACAAAGCGCAUAGCAACAGCUACACAAUCUCCACCCCAAAACACUCGCCCAUUGAAAAAAUCAUGCUUCAUUCAUGCUUCCCUUAAAAAAUUGAUUUUUAGUGUUAGAGGUGGGGCUGAAAAUUUGAAAGAAUGUGUUGUCAUCUGCAAUGAGUCAAUGUUGCAAGUUUCAGCUCGAUAGGAUGAUGGGAAGUGGGUCAUUUAGCCUUUUGAAGAUUUUGCCACAAACACAAAAACAAAAGUGAAGUUAAUAUAAAGGAUUUAAUCAAAUAUAGUGCUUCAGUUUGAUGUCUAAUAUGUGUAAUAGCUGUUAAUUAUUAACAAGGAAAAUGUUCUGGAUCUUAAGUUUUAGGGUUAGUACUAUUACUAUACAUAUAGUCUGUAGAUUAUUUUAACUAUUGCCUACAGUCAUUUGCAUAAUAUUUAUUCAAACCUUUUUUACUUUAAAUUCUUAACUACAUAGGACUCUGAUGAUGAGGAUCCUCAGAGUGAAAAAGAGAAGGAUGAAGAUGAAGUGGAUGAUGAUGUUGAAGAUAAGAAACCAGAUCCUCUUGUAAAAGUGGAACCUAAUGUUAAAGAUCAGCCGAAGUCACCUACAGUUAUCAAGCGAUCUCCAUCACCCAGCAAUUUUAUGACUGAUGAAGACAGAGAGAUAGCACUUGUAAGGCCUGAACCAAAUUGUCCAAAUAUGAUAGUCCAAAAUGCCACUUUUUAACAAGUUUUUAUGCUACUAGUCAAGAACACUCAUAUCCAUAUUUCACUUAAGACCAGUGCAAUGCAAUGUUUAUUACAUUUUAGGAAUUUAAAAAAUUGGAAAUGAAUAAUACUGGACUUUUUCAGGAGAUAUAUGAACAUUAUUUUAUUACAAUUCUUUUGUUGAAAUUUUAUUAGAAUACAUUUAUUAUUAUUAUGAUGAUGUUAGCUGGAAAAGGUCAACUAAAAAAACUAUAGACUCUAUGCUGUUUAUAUAUUUAUAUUAUAUUUAAACAUUCUGUUUGAUCUCACAUUAAUGGGCUGUCCUUAUGUUACAUACAUAAAAUCAGAAAUCAUAAAUUCAUUACCAUCUCCCAUCCUUCCUGUUACACCUUAUUUGUUCCCCCACUCUCAAUCUAAAUUAAAUUCCAUUCUCUACACGCAUAAAAAAUGCUUUGGUUGCAGUCUGCCCACCAUGGCAGCCUGCGGCUGGGGUAGAGUAGGCCUCUUGAGGUGACCUAUAGAAUCUGCAGGGAAACAAACCUGCCUAAAUCAGGGUCACCUCAGGAAUAAUAUGGCGUAAAAAAUUAGACACAUAUUUUAAGAGCUGGUUUAGGGCACAUGUUAGGUGCUAUGGUGUAAAGGGAGAUGCUAUGGUUUAAAGGGCACAUGAAUUUGCAACCCCCUUUGAUGGUGGAUCUGCUAGGGAGCUGUUCCGUCCCCGUCACUAGCUAGUUUUUAUGACUGGUUUAACUUAGGGGCCUGAAGUGCCCAGUACAACUUUAGAAUUAAACAUUUCUGGGAUCGAUAGUGGUCAACAGCUCUGAGGAAACCUUUGCGAGAAGGUACCAGUUAAGAUCCAGCAGGAUUAUGCUUUGCCCUGAAAUGACAUUUAUAGUAAUCCCAAUAGGAAUCCAUCCCUUACUAAGUAAAGUCAAAUUGAAAUGAAGCUACCCCUUUGGCAUUCCUGGGGUAGCCAAAUGGUUCACCAAUAAGGUGAAACAUCUUAGGGAAAGGGAGGUUCACAAAUAGAGAUGUCCCUGGAGGGCCCAUAAGAAGCCAAGAACUUUUGUGAAUCUUUGAAUGAAAAGCCCUGCCUCAGUGUGUUAAUAAUAUGUAAAUGAUACUUGAGUUUAAAAAUCUAAAUUGUAUUGUAAUUGAUUCCUUUGGCUUGUUGCACAGAUGAUGAAAGUAAAGAGAAUGUUGACAGAGACUCUUCUGGAAGUUACCAAUGCAGAGAUUCGUGCUGUAGCUACUGAGGUAUAUCAACGUGCUCGCAAGAAAGCAAUGAAAGGUAGUCCCAUUCUGUGCAAUAUUGUCAUAAAGAAUGACAUAAAUCAAGACUUAUACAUAAAUAAACAAAGAUUUAAACGACUGCUGUGUGGUGCUGAAUACACAAAAUGUUUAAAAUGGAACAUGAUAUAUAAAACGAUGACGUUCAUCUAAUUUGACAUUGGUUUUUCUCUCUCUGAUGUUUUGGUCUUGAUUUUUAAGAGGCAAGCUGUCAGAAAGUUUUUUUAUUUAAAUAUAUCAACUGAGAGUAUCAUGAUUUAUCCACCCAUCAAUUAUUUUAUAGUGAAUUUCAUUUCUGAUUGGAAAAACUCCACCUUUUAAUACAAAAAAAGACAAUUAAUAGAUGCAUUAUAAUAAAUAACUAUGAAAGAUUUAUUUUUUUGUUUUUUAGGAGGGAAAGACAGUGUAUAUUUUAUAUAUUGUUGCCAAAACAAUUAUUGUUAUGGCAUUCUCAAUAUUGUUAUGUCUUUGCACUAAAUUGACGACUCAUAAACAUGAUAUGACUAUGGGAGCUCAUGCACCAAUGCCAUAUCAGAAGAGCUAAUAGUAGUUUCUGAUUGGCUUGCACAAAAAUUUGUUAAUUAGCUAUUCAAGCUUGUAUUAAUAUAUCCGUGGGAUAAUAAAUUAUUAUUAUUCUACCGAGUUAAUCUUUAACUAGAAUCUUUUUCAUUUCAUCUAGUAUCAGGAAAAAGAUUGACUAGUCUAUCCCCCAAUUAGAAGGGCAAAAUUUUGAUAUAUUUCUGAUGACUUAUCUAAUGUUCAUAGUUGACCUUUCUAUGUACUCCAUAUUUGGAUUGAGGCUCCCAGUUCUUGAUGUUUUAGUUAUUCUUUUGUAUUUACUGACCAUUAAACUUAAUUUUCUUUUAAAACUAAGUUCCACUGAAAGUGAUAUGAAAGCUACUUUAUCAUAUUAAUGCAGUGAGAAUAUUUGUAAGAUGUUCCCAUAUGAUGAAUUGUAUGUGUACUAAUAUCUCAUAAUUAAAAAAUAAAAGGUAAGUAUUUAAAUCAUUGUAGGAAGAAACAUAAAAUUUUGUUUUGUCUACACUUCUUUUGUUAGACACUUUCUAUAUCUAAGGAAUAAUUAGAAGUUUAAAUAUAAGGGAAUUAAUGUGGAGAAAGGAGCUAUCCUAUUUUUGGUCAUGAAUAAUUCUCAGCUUUCUUUCAGGGUGGUUGUGGAGCAAGCCAAGUGUGGUGGUUACAUCACCCAAACCACAUCUUGCAGCUGCUCCUGUCAAUGUAUUGUCUAUGUCCUGUUCUUUUCCACACUAAUGUCCGUCUAUAUAAUUAUAUCAAAGCUCCAGCAAAGCAACUCGCCAAGUCCUCGGCUUUGGCCUCUUUGACAUCCUUGGGUGAGUUCUGUAGUGUUAAUCUUGCUGAUGAAUUUUGAAAACUUUGCAUUCUGAUUUCAUUGCACACAUACAUUUGUUUACAUAGCAGACCAGAGAGGUUGGAAAAGAGUUAAAUCCAGGUUUAUUAAAUAUUUGUUAUUUUUAUUUAUUAAUUUUUGGUUUCUUUGUGUUGUAUUAAAUCGUAUCCGGAAAUUUGAUCAAACGAAAUUUUUGCUUCAAAUUUCUAUUUGAGUUGAUUAUUUUGUUUUACUAUAUAUAAUAGUUCGUUCAAAAAGAAAUUUGAUGUAAAUUUUAACAUGUGAACUGAAAAAAAAGAUGGACCUAAUUUCAGAUCAAAUUUCCGUCUACGAAAUUUCUUUCGAUCAAAUUUCUAGUAACAGUAUUAAAUAAAUCAUACAUUAAUCUUAGUUUAUACAAUUACAGAAAUCAUUUAUGUGUAUGUAAAUCUAAAUAUUUUUUUUUUAUACAUACUUCGCUCACACCGCUAGUUAUCUCUUUACAGGAUUAGGCUAUGGGUCAGGCAGUGAUGGAAGUGAUGCUGAGGACACCAAUGGAGGCGGGGAUGAUUCUGAAUCUGACUCAGACUUGGAAGAAAAGAUCAGGCGCAAGAAGGAAGACUUUGCCAAACGACAGCGUAUCUCAAAUGAUAUGGAUGAAGAAAUUGGAGGUACAGCUUUUGUAAUAAAUGUGUCCUCUCGUUUUCCUAGAAAUGUGCUUUUUAUGAAAAUUGCUAAAAUUUAUUUAACCCACAAACUGUGGUCAGCCAAAACAUCGGUCGAUUUUCUCGUUCUGUACUGUGCCGGAUAAUAAAAAAACACGGUCCGAUAGCAACUUCCAAUCCAAUAUUAACCAGAAUUUUGCCAUUUCCUUUUAUCAAUAAUUAAAUAAUCUUCUGGGUCAAGCUGUUUGUUGAUAACUUAAAAAUAAGUACUUUUUAAUGGACAUUUUAUAUUGCUGUUUUUUUUUUUAAAGCUAAAAUGGCUGAAGCUAUGGCUGGGCCUUCAGUACGAGAGCUGAUAUAAAUAUUUUUUAACUACUUUUAGUGAAUCUGAUACUAGUCUUAGUGAUACUGAAGUAGGCCUACUGUUAGACUUCGAGGCCCGGAUGUUGGACAAGGACUAAAUGAAUUUUAGUCACAGAAGCUACAGAUUAGAGAUGAGAACUAAUAAAUUUUAUAGUUAAACAACCCAAAUCAGUUCACAGUUCAAAAUGUUCACUAGUCAAUAAUAACUUUUUUGCAUGAGAUUUUGUAUGUUGUACUUGGUUUUAGCUGUGGUCCCAGUUAUUUUUCUUUCCAGUUAUAAAUGACCUAAAAUUACUAAAAUUGCUUUCAGAGGCUUAAUUGUAAUCAAAACCUUAGCAAACUAUACAUUUUCUGAAAAUAAAUGAAUUGGCUACCACAUUUGUAUUAACAUUUUAAUGGAAUCUAUAAAAAUUAAAUGCAGUUAUGAGCACUUGAAAGCAAGACAUUUUGUCGAUUAUUAUUUUUCUUGAGCAUGUCAAGGACACUGAACAAAAACAAUUUUUACGGGUGGGCAAUAUAGCCAACUUUAUCCCCAUCCAUUUACCUUUCUAAAAAUAUAUAUACUUAUUGGGGUCUUGUAGCAAUAUUUCUAUGUCAUUUAAUGCUAUUUCUGAAGGCACUCAAAAAAGCUCUGAAAAGCCACACUACAGAAUUAUCUAUGCCACAGUUUGUGGGUUCAAUCUAGUGACUUUUUUCUUUUCUUUUUUUAUCAAGUCUUUUAAUGAUCAGACAUAAUGUCUUGUUAUUUUCAACUUGAAUGUGCUUAGAGAAUUCACUAAAAUACUUCUAAUACCGUAUAAAUGGAGUUGUAUCAGAUGCAGAUAAAUAAUCUAAAAAAAUUGUUACAUUUCUAUUUUAAUACGGUAUUUAAAUAGGAGGAAAAACUGAAGCUCUGGACAGAUCAAAAUCCAAGCAAGAUGAAUCAUCAGGCAGAUCUUCCAAGAGGGCGGAUGAGGAUCGCAACAGACGCAAUAGUGAUAGAGUGGAUUCUAAGAAUCCAAAAACAGACCGACAGAAUAGUCACGACAAUAAGCCUGACAAAAUUAGAAGCAAUGCUUCAGUGGAAGAAGUUAGCAAAAGUAACCGUGUCAAAUCUAGAAAAUCCUCUAGUGAUAGCAAAGUUGUCAGUGACACUAGAGACAUUACUGAUAAAAGGAAGAAUAAAAGUGAGCAAGCUAAAACCAGAGAAGAUAAAGAAGUGAGAGACAAAUAUGAACAAAAGAAAAGCAUUUCAAAAAAAGAGAGCAAACAUAGCCUUGACAUAAAAGAAGAAAAAAAUCGAAGUGCUAGUAAACAUGAUAGAAGUGUAGUGAAAAGUGUUGAGACUGUUAAAGAAUCCCUUGCCAGUGAUAGGAAGCAUAAAAAUAAAGAGAAGAAUAGAGGUGCGUUAAGGUCCUCCAGUGAGGACUCGGGUUCUUCCUCUGAUUCUAACACCUCCAGCAGUAGUGGCAGCAGCUCAAGUGGAAGUGAUAAUGAAGAAGAAGAUGGGGAUGAUAGCAGUUCAUCGACCUCAUCUUCUUCUUCAUCAUCGUCGUCAACAUCUACUUCAGAAGAAAAAAAUGUUUCAUCUAAAAAGCUAACAGAAAAACGUGAAAAAGAUGAUGCGGUCAAAGUUAAACGUAAGACUGGGGAGAACGUUUCCGUUUCAAAGACAGAAACUUUAAGUCCAGAAAAUAUCAGGGACAUAAGACAGGAUAAAGAGGACAAUUUAGAGAGAAAAAAUAUUGUUAAAAACCAGGAUGGUGGGGAUAAUAAGGCUAAAAACAAGGAAAUCAAUUCAGAUUUUUCUAGAAAUGAGUCAUCCAGAAAAGAAAACCAUUCAAAGUGCACAACAAAAAGACAUAAACGCAGUGUUAGUUCAGACAGCAGGAAUAGCACGAGAAGGUCUAGUGGUAAGAAAGAUAGAAGUAGAAGUGUAGAAAGUAAUAGGAGGAGCAGGGAGAAGCGUAGUCAUAGUAGGGAUAGGAAAAGUGUAUCGAGGGAUAGAUACAGGUAUCGAGAUGACAGGUAUAAGGAUAUGUCAGAUGAUGACAGAGACCAAUACGAUGACAGACGGAGGGACAAGGAAAAAUCUAGAAAAAAGAGAAGUGCAAGUAGGGACAAUAAAGACUCUCGUAGCAGAAGAAGUAGAAGUAGAGAUAAGCGAAGUAGAAGUAGGGAUAAGCGAAGUAGGAGUAGGGAUAAAGAGCGAUCCUCACGCCGCAGUGCAUUGGAUGAAAACAGGCACAAACCUGGCUCCAAGUCCAGCAAAAGAAGAAAGAGGUCAAGGUCAACCUCAGAGAGCGGUGAAGACUCUAAGAAGAGGAGGAGGAAGGAUUCACCCUCCAGGGAGAAGAAGCACAAGUCUAGAAAUCACAGUAACAGAGAUGAGUAUGAUGAGGGGGGAGAAGAGGAUUAUGGUAUUGAAAGAAGGAAUCGUGGUAAGACAUCCAAGGGAAAACACAACGGUAGAUCUCGAUCCAGGUAUGCCAGCUUUUCACUUAGUCUAGCAGUUUGACAAAUUGUUUGAAUGGAGGCUUCUGAACAAUGCAUGCACUCAACCUUUUUUUUUUAAACAUACCUUCAAGAAAUUAUUUAGAUAGCCACUAUCCUACUGUUGAGUCCAACGUUACAAAAAACAUUGAUUUUACUGUUACAAUUAAACAAUUUAAUUCUAUAUCUCACCAGAAAUUAUUGUUCUGAUUCUGCUCAUCCAACGAAAUUCCUUCCCUGAAACCAAUUUGUACCUAUCAGAAUUUAACAGUUGACUUUGUUUGUUUCAGGUCAUCAUCAAGAAGACGCUAACCGUCCCAUACGUGUACUCAAGUCCUAAUCUGUGAGC